CCGAGCGGCCAAUGGCGCAGCGCUUCGUGUAGGAAUCGCUGUCGGGUGCGCGCCGGGGGAGCGAGCGCGCGGGACGCCGAGGGGCAGCGGCCUUAGUGGCGGCGGCGGCGGCGGCGAACGGGGCCGAGGAAGCAGAGAAAUGGCAACUACGCAAUCUGUCUUCACGUUUGCUCUGUGUAUUUUAAUGAUAACUGAAUUAAUACUGGCUACAGAGAGCUAUUACGAUAUCUUAGGAGUUCCAAAAAAUGCAUCUGACCGCCAGAUCAAGAAGGCGUUUCACAGACUGGCUAUGAAAUACCACCCAGACAAAAAUAAGAGUCCUGGUGCAGAAGCAAAAUUUAGAGAAAUUGCUGAAGCAUAUGAAACAUUAUCAGAUGAGAAUAAACGACGAGAAUAUGAUCAGUUUGGCCGCCAUGGAGGGCAAGGAAGUAAUGGAAGCCCAUUCCAUCAGUCAUUUAAUUUCAACUUUGACGAUCUAUUCAAAGACUUUGACCUCUUUAGUCAAAACUCACGGUCCAAAAAGCACUUUGAAAAUCACUUCCGAAGUCAUCGGGAAGCUCACAAUCGGCAGAGACGUUCUUUCCAAGAGUUCUCCUUUGGAGGUGGACUGUUUGAUGAUGUGUUUGAAAAUAUGGAAAAAAUGUUUUCAUUUAGUGACUUUGAAAAUGCACACCGGCACGCAGUGCGAACUGACACCAGGUUUCAUGGAUCCAGCAAGCACUGUAGGACUGUCACUCAGAGACGAGGAAACAUGGUUACCACAUAUACAGACUGUUCUGGACAGUAAUGUUUCCUUUCUCUUAAUCUCCUUUUCUUCUUCUUAAACAUCUUCAUAAUCUUUCUUGGUUUUGUCCUAACAUGGAAAAAAUUUUUUGAACUGUUUGUUCUGAACAACACUUAACUACUAUAAAAAAAUUGUAGAUGAAACUAAUCUUAAGAAUAGAAACAACAUGCAUUUGGGAAGUAGAUGUCUCAGUAACUACUUAGAAUGAGAGAGAAGUAAUCUUAUGUAACAGAAGAAAUUAUAUGUAUUUCAGUUUAGUAAAUGCUUUACAUAAAUUUGAACUUCAACACAGUAUAUAUAUAUUUUUAAUUUCAGAAAUGUAAUAUAAUUUUUUCAUGUAUGCCAGGUCAGGAUUAUGAGUUACUGGUGCAUGGCUGCAGCAGAGGAGAUACUUUAAUUUUGAAAUGCUGCUUUUUUAAUCACGUCUUUCCAAGAUUUCACUUGCCGUUUUUACCUGAUACAGACUUAUUGUGCAAAUUAGAUAAUUUACACUAAAUAGCAGCAGAAAUACGACUUACCUGGGUCUUUGUUACUCUAUCCAGCAUUGCAAAUGUAUUAAUAAUAAAACACUUCUUAAGGUUGGAAAAUAACAAGAGGGAGGAUGUUAAGAUUGUGCUUCACCUAGGAGAGUAAUAAUGGAAUCACUUUUAUUUCCAAGCAGCCUUUUGUUGGCCUGAAAAAAGUCUUAGGAUUUGACUAACCCUUGACUUAAGGGAUAUUCGUGUAUGUAAGUCUGUGUGCACACCAGGCCAUUUUUUUCUUCCAAAAUACGAAUAUCUCUUUAACAAUGUUUAGAAGAGCAUACUGAAAACACUUUUGUUUUAUACUUACUAUAUUACCGUGUGUGCAAUGUAGUUACCAUAGCUCAGUUUAUUGAACUUAAAUACUCCGCUGUACUCUUGUAAACUUAAACAAGAUAAGCUUGCCUACAGAUUCUUAGUGUUUCCGGAAGGGUCUAAAUAAAAGAUAGAUAGAUUGUGUUUAGAUUGACAGAUUUAUUGCCUAUCAGAAGGAAUUUUUCAGCAUUGUUAUUUGAAAGGUAAAUUCUUAGCAUAAACAUAGAGUAAAACUGAAAAUUACUACUGUCGUAUUCAUUUUAUGCCUUGUGGUGCUGGAAUCUGCGAGUAAGGACGGUACUAAAGGGUAUCAGUUUCAGCACCAUAUCAUGGAAAUCCAUAACCAGUCUAGACUGUUUACAACUUAAAAGGGGGGAAAAAAAAAAAACCCAAGCAAUCAAAAACCCGUGAAUAUUUUAAGUAAUAUCAGUCCCAAAGUUCUGGUUUAUUUCUUGUCUUGUAAUAUGGGUUUAAUGUAUUAAAUUGGCUGCCUUUAAUAACAAUACUGUCACCUACAUAUUGCUGUUCCUUUAGAAUUGAGGUAAGAAUUUACCUUUCAGAUUGAUUGCAUGAGCAAAUUGAGCAUUUUAAGCAGCAGUGUUCUAAAUAGGCUUUGUGUUCUUAAAAUCUUUAUCAAGAGAGUUAAACCUUUGCUUCUCAGAUUGAAAGCUGCCUGUUUGCUGAGUAACUUUAGCCUUCCCCUCAAGGUUACGUAUUUUUGCUUGUUCAGUUUUCAUUCACUAAAUACCUGGAAUGGAUUGUUGCGUUAUAUUAAGUGCUUUUCCUUUUCCAUGUUCUUUAUUUAUUAAUAGACUAAUACCUCAUAUAUGGUCUUUAUAAAAAGCCAGUAAUUUGUGCAACAUUAUCGGAAUGUGCAAUAUUCUUAUAGUAGGAAAAGUGCUGGAGGGAGUGUGUUUGUCAGUUAUUUCCACCCUUUUUCUGUGUAAGUAGAGAUUUUUUGUUUCUUCUGUAUAAGUAAUAUAUGAUUCAACCAAAAGUUGUAAUUCAUGUAGAUUUCUACAUUUUUUUUUUCUUUAACAUACUCCAUCAGUCCUGUGCAUGAAUCAAAUUAUAGAGGGCAUUUCUGUAUGCAUUUGAGAAGAAUUGUUCACACUGAUAAGACUUGAUGGAAGGAUGUGGCCUUUAAUAAUAAAUAUAAGAAUAUUAGUGAAUGUCCUUUAAGGAUGAUUGCUGGGACUUAGAAGUGGGAGGUAAGUCUAGAAGCAGGAUGUAAAGAUAAAAUAUUAAUGCCUUUCUUAGUCUAGUGAAUAUUUUCUUGUUUAAAAAAAAUAAUAAUUUGGAAACAGCAGAAUGAGCAGUUCUUAAGCGUGGGAGAAGGAAUAUUUAAUGUUCUUACUAGAACCAAACCACUGACUUCUCCAAAGGUAGUUUUUUCCAAUUAUUAACUUCAGUCAAUUCCCUAAUCCUGAAUUAGAGGAAUAAAAGUGAAAAUGAGCACUGUAAAUUGUAGGAAACAGCCACCCCCAAAAUUUAAGUCUGUUUGAAGUGACUAUACGAGUUCAACAUCUUUCAGGCUAAGCUUUUAGAUGAAAAUCAGGGGUCCUUGGCUGCUUCUAGGUUAGCUUCCCCUCUUUAAGGAUUCUGCAAUCUGUAUUCAUACAAAAUUUGCUUGUUUUCCUUAAGUCUUUAAAGUCAAAGUAUGAAGCUGAUAGUAAAAUGAUAGGGUUGCUAGUUUUCUAGCUGGUAGUACCUUAAAAAGAUUCCUGCCUAGCCUAUUUUUACCUGUUCCCCUAUUAGUUUUCUUAAGUAUUUGUCAUAGGAAACCCAAGAAAUACUACUUGUUAUUCCCGUGGCUUCUCCAAGUGACCUUUCUGCUUGUUUUGGUUGGUGAUCCAAGGUAAAAUCCAGAGGAGAGCACGUCACUGGUAUCGCAGGGCCUUGUGUAUUGCUAUCUGUAGGACUUUCUGCGAUGGGUAGGCUUUGAAUAGAGUUUAGCUGAAGAAACUCAGACAGGCUUUCCUCAGCCAGCAAUCUUCAGUUCUGUGACUGUUGGAACACAAGUUUGCAAAACAUGUGCUGCUCCCUUCUUCAGAGCUCUUGCACAUUCUUUCACUAUUUAUAGUGUUUGCUUCAUGGCAGGCUCUCCAUCGGAAGUCCCCAUAUAACCUUAUGACACCCCUGACUUCAGAAGUUUAAGUGCCAUCUUUGAUCUCCAUAUCUUGUGAGAAGACCCAGCAAAGCCUUUUUUUUUGUUGUUGUGUGAGGGUGAAAAAUAGAAUUCUUAACAAUUUUUGAAAGGCAUUUAUGCAUAUAUAACUCCAAACAGUUGAGUUUCUGAAACUUUGCGGACAAAGAGUGUUUUUUUCAUGUUUGUUUUUUCCCAUUACACUUUUGAAACACAGUAUCUAGUGGAGGUGAAAGUACUGUAAACUUAAUUAGGGUGCCAUUACAUUAAACAUGUGAAAAUUG